AGGCCCGAAGAGACGCCGCUCACCCCUGGCAUCCCCUCGGUUAAAAGCCAACUGGUGCAAGUUCUCACCCAGGUGGCGGUGGGUGGCAAGAUGAUCUCCCAAGCGGCGCAGUCCGAUGCCCUGCGGAUGUUGGAAAAGUUUGGCGCCAGGUCCGACGGCCUUCCGAUGCCGACCUCCUCGGAGGUGCGAACAUUGCCAUCGCCACAGCAGAAGCUGGCUUCGGGGAGUCAGGAAUGGAACCACAGCGAAGGGAAGGAGGAGUGGAAAGAUUGGAAUGAACGGAAACGGGGCGAUUGGAGUGGGUUCCCGUGGCGUAAGCAGGACCAGGCAUGGAGCGAGUGGGACGUCAAGGAGGAAGCCACGUGGGAUGCCAAGAAGGAAACUAUUUGGGAUGACAAGCAGGAAAGCACGUGGGAUGUCAAGCAGACAAGCACAUGGGACGUCAAGCAGGAAAGCGCGUGGGGUAUGAAGCAGGAAAGCACCUGGGACGUCAAGCAGGAAAGCACAUGGGAUGUCAAGAAGGAAAGCACGUGGGAUGUCAAGGAAACUACGUGGGACCCCAAGAAGGAAACUGUUUGGGAUGUCAAGCAGGAAACCACGUGGGACGUCAAGAAGGAAGGCACAUGGGACGUCACGAAGGAAACCACAUGGGACGUCCAGAAGAAAAGCACAUGGGAUGUCAAGAAGGAAACUACUUGGAACGUCAAGCAGGAAAUCACGUGGGACGUCAAGGAAUGGUCGUGGACAGGACAGUCCCAGGACGAAAACAGCCAGGCGCAAUCGUGGAAGCACACCGAAGUCAAGGCAGAGGAGUGGAAAGACUGGAGCGACUGGAAGAAAGAUUGGCAGAACUGGGAGCCAGAGACCUUGAAGACAUGGCCGGAAGAGAAGGAACGGACUCGCGGAUGGUCUGAUGAGAAGGCAUCGGAAGAGCAAGACUCGGACUGGAAGGAGAGGAAGUCGCACCAUCCACCGGACGGCCAUGCGGAGGAAAAGCCAAACGUCGAGAAACCAUCGACUGAGGUUGAGCUAGAUAUGGAUCAGGAGGACGACGAAGACGAGCCAUCCCAAAGAAUUGGUCACUUUGCCGAGAUGCUGGAGAGAUGGAAAGAAAAAAAGGAGCAGCUGCGACAGGAUAUGAAGAAGUCACGCGAGGAACUGAAACAGGAGCUCUCCUUGCAACAAGAUGCCUGCAGAGACAACUCAGAGGAUCCAAGUGAUGUGGAGACCGAGGCCUUCCCUCGCGUCCCAGCCCCUAGUAAUGCAUACGAAGCUUACGACUCUGUCUAUGAGUUGGUCGAAGAAGAAGAGCUGGAAGAGCCUGAAGAGCCUGAGGCCAUGGACGUUGAUGAGGUCGUGAAAAGGAGCCGCGAAAUCCUGAGAAGAGCGCGUGGUGAGGUGCCACAGAGAGGCAAGCGCGGUCGAAGUCCUUUGCCCCAGGAGCCACCCUAUCCACCGCCCAAGAAGGGCCGCACCGGACGUCGCAGCUCCUUGCGCUCCGGGCCACGACGGAAGGGGAAGAAGGGCGGCGUGGACGACUCAAAGACGUGCGCCGUUGACAUUCGCAACCUGCUCUACUCCCAGAAGUCCUGCAAGGACACCUUCCAAUGUGGCCGCACCGUGGAUCAGCUGGUGAAGGACCUCGAGACGGGCAAGGUGGAUAUCUCCGCGCCCUUCCUGCGGCUGACGGUCUUCGAGACCAGAGAUGAGAAGAGUCGGAAACCCGAACUGCGCUGUAUCGAUAACCGAAGACUGUUGGCGUUGAAGGAGUAUGCCAGGAAAAUCGGAAAUCCAAAGCUCAAGGUCUACAUCUCCCUCUUCUCUGAAGAGACCCUGACACAGGUUCAGAGGUUCUUCCAGAAUUCGGACGACACUGAUGGACGCGAUGUGAGGCUGCGCACCAGCAGAAAUGACAAGCGUCGUCAACUGAUCGACUGACGCUGUGACGAGCCAGUCGUCCAGAUGGGUGGACAGAUGGCCCUAAGGCCCUAAGGCAAGGUGUGAUGUUCACCCAGGAUUGAUAACCCCCGA